ACGGAUGGAACGCGAAAUUGACCGCUUUGCUUCCGGUUUACCGAUCUACAACUUCAGGCCGGAUAUCAAGCGCAUUUUGUGCCACGAGACCCAGGUACUUGUUGUUGUUGCGGAAACUGGAUCCGGCAAAAGCACCCAGAUCCCGCAGUAUCUCGCCCUGGAUGGCAUUGUGCCAGUCGAGAAAAAAAUUCUGUGUACACAACCGCGGAAAACAGCUGCCGAAGUACUAACAAGAAGAGUGGCACAUGAAACAUCGCUAGCUGGUUACAAUCACAUUGUGGGCCGUGUGCUGUCGGAUGAAGAGUAAGU